UAACGUGUUCUUAUAACUUGCAACACUAGGGCUGUCUUAAAAUGGCGGAAGAUUUCAAAAAAGAAGCUCUAGAUAUAUGUUUGAGAAAGAAUUACAAUAAAAUCCUUGUUAAAUAUGUGCAACUCGACGGAUAUGAAGAUCUAAAUUUCUUAGUAGUGUUAAGUGACAUUGAUUCGGACAAACAUCUUACAUUCGGACACCCCGAAGAGUUCAUUUUAAAGAUAUGCACAAAGACAGACGAACAUAACUUAGACCUGCAGUUCGUGGUGAUGGAUCACCUUCAUAGAGCGGGCAUCCCGACCUGCCGGCCUCUCAAAACAACACAACAUCGCGACUGCUGCUUCAUUGACUGGCAUGGGAUAGGCGGAGGGACAGUCAAGUAUCCAGCGUAUUUACUGACGUACAUCCCGGGCGUGACCAUGUUGGCGGCAGGGAACCCGGGCGAUCUACUGUUGGAGGCAGGAAGACUGGCGGGCCGAGUCAGCAGGGCGCUCCAGACCCUCUCUUUUAAAUGCGACCAUAUGGAUACGCUAUGGGAGAUGUCGCGGCUACCGGAACUCUCGUCGCUGGUGGAGCGCCAUCUCAUUGGCGACGAUCGACGCCUUGGAGAAAAUAUCAUAAAGUCAUUUAGUGAUAUAGUUGUGCCGCUGAUGAAACAAUUUCGGAGAGGUAUUAUACAUGGUGAUAUCAACAACUGCAACAUAAUAGUACGUCAGGAUAUUACCGGAAAUUACGUCAUAUCAGGAAUCAUAGAUUUUGGAGACGCUUGUUCAAGCUUCUCGGUAUCAGACAUUGUGAUCGUCAUGGCGGACUUGAUGACGUCAUGUUUUAAACAAAGAGAUAUUCUGGAUGUUGCACAUAAGGUUUAUGGAGGAUAUGUGCAAGAGUUUCCACUCAUCAAUAUGGAAUACAGGUGUCUCCGGGUGCUUAUCUGUUCUAGACUACUGCAAAUGUAUGUUCUAAAUGCAGAAACGUUAGCGGAGGAACGUUCUAGAAAUGACUAUGUUGCCUUGGAACACGAAGAGUCGCUCACCGUGUGCAAGGUAUUAUGGAAAGUAAGCGAUCAACAAUUUUAUUCUAGACUUGAUAGACCUAGUUGACACGGGCUUUUAACUGCAAAAUA